AAGAUUAUUGAUUAUUUAAUGAAACAUAUUUCUUUGCAAAUCUUAGAAACUGUAUUACUGGUAUACAAAUAGAGCAGCUCGGUUAGUUUUUGUGCGAUAGAUAGAUAGACUUUAAUAGCUUGAAGAUGGAUCCUGAAAUACAGAAACUUUAUACGAAUCUUCCCAGAUUUGGGAUGAGACACCAGCAAGUUAUAUUGCUGUUUAUGUUACUUACCAUAGCAGUGGGAAUGAGGUUCCAUAUGUCUGUUGCUAUCGUCGCUAUGACCGAUAAAACCUCCUCACCAAAUCCCAAUGUCCCGGUGUACGAUUGGGACAAUACAAACAUCAUUUUAUCGUCGUUCUUCUGGGGCUACAUCACUUUGCAAUUGUUCGCCGCCGAAUGGGGCAGAAAAUACGGUUCCAAACCGUUCCUCACCGUAGCGAUGGCGAUCAACGCAACGGUGGAACUUUUAAUUCCGCUCGUAGCCGAUAAAUUGGGAUCCUACGGCGUGAUGGGCUGCAGAGCCCUUCAAGGAAUGUGCCAAGGAUUCCUCUAUCCUUCCGUCAGCAAUUUGCUGGGCAGGUGGACGCACAUCACGGAACGGUCCAAAUUGGGUAGCAUAGUACUAUCAGGCGCUCCUUUUGGAACUAUACUUGCUAUGCCUCUGGUGGGUUACAUUUCUUCCACGUGGUCCGGGUGGCCUCUUAGUUUCUACCUGUACGGCUCGUUGGGGUAUUUGUGGGUGAUACUGUUCAUUUUUUUCGGCUACAGCAGCCCGGCUCAGUGUAAAAACAUUUCGGAGAAUGAAAGAAGGUUUAUCGAAAGCUCUUCUAAUAUCAAAAAAGAAAAGAUGGUUAUUCCUGUUAAAUCGAUUUUGACGAGUUUGCCGUUUUGGGCGUUGUUUUUCUCGCAAGUCGGGCAAAUUUGGGGCUACAAUACACUCAUGACGGAAAUUCCGAACUACAUGAACAAAGUCAUGGGAUUUGACAUGAAAUCGAACGGUCUUUUAUCGGCUACUCCUUACGCCGCUUGCUUUUUAAUGUCGUAUGUGUUUGGAAACACCAGCGACUACCUAAUAAAUAAAAACUACAUAUCCAGGACUACUGCGAGGAAACUAUUCAACGGAAUUUCAGGAUUCGGUGCUGGUUCCUCCUUGAUAAUCUUAGGGUUCCUGCCUAAUACCAUGAAAAGUUUAUCCGUCGUAAUGCUGGUGUGCGCUGUUGGAAUCCAAUCAGCAGCUACCAGCGGUUACCAGAUAAACCACAUCGAUCUAUCGCCGAAUUUCUCCGGAUUACUGCAAUCGAUUUGCAAUAGUUGCGGCAGCAUGCUGUCUAUAGCUGCACCUGUUACCGUUCAAUUAAUAGUAAAGGACGAAACUGAUAAAGCCGAAUGGCGGAUAGUUUUCAUCAUAGCGGGAUUGAUGUACAUUGUGCCGAGCAUUACAUAUUCCAUUUUUGCGGCGGGAGUUCGACAGAAAUGGGACGGGGCCGAUGAUCCUGUUACAGCCCACAGGAAAUCCGUGGAGGCCCGGGCUAAAAAAGUAUCCGUUUGGUCCAUUAUGUCUACGUAAAUAUUUUUUAAUAAGAGAAUUUAUUUUUAAUUUAACGUGACUGUAAUUAUUUAUUAUUUAUUAUAUGUGUGCAAUUUGCGAUACAAAAUUAACUGAGGUGUCAUUUG